AUGCCACUUCUAGCCUAUGCUAAAGUCCAUACGAAGUUAGGAACUAGCCUAACCAGUGCCCGCACCCGUGUUCGUUCGGGAUCCUUGUAUCAAGACAAGGCCCGUACGAACACCCAUCUCGGGUCAGGUUUCGACCUGAACACCACUGACGGUGUGCGGGAUGCUCUGGCGGAGCUUCGUGGGAUGGAGCGUGCCCUCUCUGCGCGUGGCAGGGCUUUGGAGGGGGGUGCGACGGUGGAGGAUGUUUCGUCCGAGGACGACGUGGAGAGUGAGGGUGAGGGUGAGGGGUCGACUUGGGAGGGAUUCGAGUAG